AUGAGAGUUGAAGCUCAACAUUUCUGGAGAGCACAAGCUUGGGAAAAGCUGUUGUAUACAUCUUCUAACCAGUGGAAUUCAGGAGAAACAUCAUGGCUGAAAGACCAGUGUGCCACUUCCAGUGCUGCCCAGUGUCCAGCAGGGUUUGAACGGUCCCCACUUAUUCUAUUUUCAAUGGAUGGCUUUAGAGCUGAAUAUUUGGAAACCUGGAGUGGUUUAAUGCCCAAUAUUGUAAAGCUCAAAACUUGUGGGACUCAUGCAAAAUACAUGAGAGCUGCUUAUCCAACCAAAACCUUUGUAAACCACUACACUAUUGUUACAGGCUUGUAUCCAGAAUCCCAUGGCAUAAUUGACAAUAAUAUGUAUGACGUGAAAUUCAACAAGAGCUUCUCACUUUCUGGAAGUGCCAAGUCAAAUCCUGCCUGGUGGGGUGGACAGCCUAUUUGGCUUACAGCAAUAUAUCAAGGUUUGAAGGCGGCCACCUAUUUUUGGCCUGGAUCUGAAGUGAAAAUAAAUGGAUCUUUCCCGACUAUCUACAAGGUGUAUAACAAUUCAGUUCCAUAUGAAGCAAGAGUUUCAGAGCUGCUAAAAUGGCUAGAUCUCCCCAGAUCUGAGAGGUAA